AUGUCAUUUAUUGAUUGGCAAGAUUUAUUUGAUGAAGUAUUUGAAGAUUGUUCUGAUAAUUGGAUAUUAACUUUUCUUCACAGAAAUGAUAUGAGCCAAUAUGAAAAUCUUCAAAAGAAUUGUGUAAAAAUGACGAGAACUGGAUAUGCACAUUUCCAUUGUAAAAAAUGUUCAAAGACCUGGUCAUCUGCUAAAGCACAAGUAGUUUUAUACCAUCCAAAAUCAAAAACGUCAUCUAGAAAAGUAACACUUCGUUUUUAUGGUCAACAAUGUAAAAGAUGCUCCAAUAGAAAUAACCAUUUUGUUGAUCCCGAGUUUGAAAAUGAUAAAAUGAAAUCAUAUCUUGAAACGCUCUAUCAGAAAUUUGGUUGGUAUUAUUAUGGCGACGAACGACCAGAAACACAGAACCGAGAUAUCAAUAAAGAACGUCAAAUGAAUGGACCACAUGUAAAAGAAUUAUGUGAAGCAUGUCAAUCAGGUUGUUGUGAACGAAUAUAA